AUGAGUAUUGUCAAAGGAAUUGAUGAGAACUCAAAGGCUGAAACUAUUGAGGUUGACAGCGGAGAAAUAAUAUUUGGUUCGGAAUCAGAUGGAACGGAGGAUUAUGCGAUAGUUGAAGAAGCCAAACAUGAGAACGAACCUAAAAAACAACAAGAGCUAGAGCAUGUUCAUAUCACUGGUCCAGGGGAACAACCAGUUGAACACAAUCAGCCAACUAUUAAAAAUCCGACAGUUACAAAAGUUCAACCAGUUGACGAAUAUCAACAUAAAUUAGAAGAGCGCGUUAAACUGGGUAUAAUUGACUUCAAACAUGGAGAUUUAUACGGAAAGAAUCACCAACGUGCUAUGAGUAAUCCUACGGUCAACGAAGUUGAAAAGGCUAAGAGACUUGAAAAGCUCCUUGGAACACUAGAAGACCAUAAGCAUCCAUCGCUGGUUGAUAAAUUCAAAAAAGAUAAAGGAAACUUCAAUCAGCGCUCCCAAAGUGACCCCGCUCGAAAUAAAGUUGGAAAGGCAAAAAAUUCUAAUUCUAAUGGACCUGGACAAGAAUUAGAAAAGCAAAUUAAAGAGCUCGCAAUUAGUGACUUCAAACAUGGAGAUUUAUACGCACAAAAUCACCAACGUGCUAUGAGCAACCCUAUUGUCAAAGAAGAUGAAACGGUUAAUCGAUAUGAAAAGUUUCUUGGAACAAUAGAGGAUCAUAAACAUCCUUCGCUAGUUGAUAAAUACCGAAAAGGUUAUCAAAAAAAUCUUGCUAGUAAGUCUAAUAUUUCACAAUUUAAGAUAAAGGAAGCUUAA